AUGGAGGCGGAGGCGGCCAUAUUGUAGCUGCAAAGCGGCGUCAGUGUCAGAGGGAACGGAACCGAAACACACCGGGACAGUCGCCCCAGAACCCAUCUGCUGACUGUGCGGCUCGGAGGCACCGGCCCUUUCCCAUUUGCGGAGCCGAGAAGCGGGAGCCACCAUGAGCGGCGGAACUCCUUAUCUGGGUAGUAAGAUCAGCCUGAUCUCAAAGGCCGAGAUUCGCUACGAAGGGAUUCUGUACACCAUCGACACCGAGAACUCCACCGUGGCCCUGGCUAAAGUCCGCUCCUUCGGUACCGAGGAUCGCCCAACGGACCGGCCCAUUCCUCCCCGAGAAGACAUCUUUGAGUACAUCAUCUUCAGGGGCAGCGACAUCAAGGACUUGACAGUGUGUGAGCCGCCCAAACCGACAUGCUCGCUUCCCCAGGACCCCGCCAUUGUUCAGUCCUCCAUCAGCACCAGCUCCUCAUCAGCGGCGGCCUCAGCUCCAACUCCGUUCCAGUCUUCAGGCUCCUACGGCCUUUUCAGCAGAGCUCCGGUUCCUGCGUACAACCAGUUCAGCUCCAGCGCUCUGGUCUCUCCCCAGUUUGGACCCGUUGGUGUGGGUAAGCCAGGGCACUCCAUGGCUUCCUUUGUGAACUCCCAUCCCGCCCCGAGUGGUUCUGACUUGCGGUCUGUGGGGACUUUGACUGAAGGACGCAGCAGUCCCGGUCUGGAAGCUAUCAGGAAGAGUCCCACUCUGGAGCCGGCGAUCCAGAGUGGGCCUUCUGUGGCGACAUCCACCACCACCACAGCUCCAGCCCCCGGUCUGGGACGGAGGAGCCCCCCCCAUGGCCGCUCUGCCCCGGCAGGACCUUCUCAGAGCAGCCAGAAGGUUCAGCAGCAGGACGGAGUGGACAAUCUGAGGGGAUCAGACGUCCAGGGCAGAGCUGAGGGCGAACAGGCGCGAGGAGAAGGCAGGGAGCCCAGUAAACGCUCCACAGCAGCUGCCGGCGGAGCGGUGAACCGACGCGGCCGAGGGGGCGGGCACCACGGCAGGGGGCGCUUCAACGUGCGCCGAGACGGACCCAUGAAGUUCGAGAAGGACUUUGACUUUGAGAGCGCCAACGCCCAGUUCAACAAGGAGGAGAUCGAGAGGGAGUUUCAGAGCAAGCUGAAACUGAAAGAUGAGAAGACAGAGAAAGCGCUAAAUGGAGAAGAGAAGGCAGAUUCUGGAGUGGAAACCCAGAAGAGUGAGGGCAACAACGAAGAUGAGAGCGACCCGCUGGGCCCGCACUGUUACUACGACAAGUCCAAGUCGUUCUUCGACAACAUCUCCUGUGACGACACGAGGAAAGCUGGAGAUAAGUCUGGAGCCUCCGGUUUCCCUCGGGAGCGUCGGCAGACCUGGGCGGAGGAGAGGAGGAUGAACGCAGAGACAUUCGGCAUCCCUUUGCGUCAUGGCCGAGGCCGCGGAGGUUACCGAGGCCGUGGGGGGCUGGGCUUCAGAGGAGGGCGGGGGCGUUCGUCCAGCCGAGGUUCCUUUGGGCCCCCUCAGGGCAGCAGCUUCAGGGGAGGAUACCGAGGAAACCAGGCAGGGCGCGAAUUCGCCAACUUACCUUACAGGAAGGACAACAAAGCGGCUGCAUAGUGUCGACAGGAGGAGGAAGCUCCGUGAAGCUGGAACUUCUUCCAGGGGAAAACGGCAAGCUUUGGUUCCGUUCUGUCCACUAGAUUCCUGAAGAUUGUCUCCUCGUUGUUUCUGUCACCAGCACUGGAGUAGACUCUGAAUGCAGCUUAAUGUUCCGUCUGUCUCAGACCACCACGAUAACGAUGCAGUUUAUUAGAGAAAGUGAUUCCCGCUAAAUGUUUUAGUUCCUCAGCUGUGGAGCUCCUGUAGCUUAAUCGGGGUUUGUCCUGUAGAGGGCGCUGCGGGCUCUAACUUGGAGUUUUCUACUAUUAUAUCAUGUCACAGGGUGACUCGCUGAGCUUGUUCCUCACUCCUCCAGUUGUUGGCCUUCUGUAGCUCUGACGUUCUCUCCUCCACCUGUCUAAUAUCACUGGUUUUACUGGAUGUUGUGGGUCGUUUCCAGCUCCCAGUUCACACAGAUUCACCACUGAUCGUUCCUCUGUUUGGUUUUCUUACUGCAGGAACUCUCCGGUUUGCUUUGGUUCAUCUCUUAGAUGUUUGGGCCAGAAUUUACCCUCCAGAACCUUGUUACAUUAAAGCCUCUGAUGAAUGCCGGACCAACAGGAGAACCUGUCCACAGAAGCUAUCUGCUCACCAUGAAGUUCAGCUGAAUGACAUUUUUAAACCAUUUUGGUUUGGCAAGAAAUGAAUCUUUCCGAUCACUAAAAGAAAUUCCUGUAAACCAGUAAAUCCUUUGCAGACUUGAGGAGCAGUGAAACUAUUUCCUCUACUGGGAUUGGACUAUAAAACUAAAUUUUCUCUUUUUUUUUUUCCUGAUCAGUUUUAAUUUGAGUCCAGUGUGGAACCAGAAGGUUCUAUAACUCAGCCGUGAAGCAGAACCUUUCCAUCUCAGAGAUGAACAGGAAGCUUCAGAUUUUCCUCCUGCGCUUUAACUCUUCCGAACCUGGAGCCAGUCGGCCGGCCUCAUUCCUCGUCCCGUUGCAGUCUUCAUGAAGCCACUAACGUCGCCCCGCUACACUGCACGCCGGCCGGCAGGAAGUGAUGUCACAUAGACAGACAGAGCUGUGCACUGUAGCAACGUCAGUCAGCAAUAUUCCUGCGUUUGGCAACUGCAGGUUUCCGUAUGUUCAGCAGCCUCCGAGUCGGUCCUGAUGGGUCAGAUCCCCGCGCGGUUCGAUCCAGAUUGCAGCAUGAUCCGAACCUGUUAAUGAUGUCAGCCAUCUUUUACCGUUGCUGCUGCUCGCUCGUAUCUUUUAUGGUUUUCUGUGAUCAAAGAUCAGAACAUCCAGCUAGUGCUAUGACAUUUAAUGAUCCAUUUAGCUGAUCUGAUCAGAACACGCCAGUAUUAUAGCUUGGUCUUUGGCAUGGGUCUUUUUCUGAUUCAGACAACAAACCCGUAGAUUCUCCUGAAAAGACUUUCCAUGAUCCGACACGCAGAGCCACCUUUAAACUGUGCUCAGGAAAUGGGAGAGGACUGGUCCGAAAGGCGGUUCUCUUCAGAUGGAAAGAACUGUUUGAGACAUUAAGGUUCCUAACUGAAUGUUGGUUUGGAUUUGCAGAGAAACGGCUUUGUGGUGUGUUCAGUGACAAGUCCUGGUUCCAGUCUGGACCCACACCUGGAAAAAAAAAAAAAGCGAGCUUUUAACUGAUGCAUUGUACAAUAAAAACUGAAAUAAAGACACUAAGUUUGCAGAAA